AAAAAAUGAAGCUAAACUGCACACGCAAGCUCAGACUGGCCAACAGCUCUGCUCCCCUCUCCUCUGCAACACUCUUCCCAUUGCUCAAAGACGGGUCCUUCUUUCUCCGUAAGUGCUUCUCUCUCUCUCUAUUACUAAUAUAUAUUAUAUAUAGCGUGUAUAUAUGUAGUAAAUUUGUCAGGUCUUCUGUGUUUUCUCCUCGAAAUGUUCGUUCUGUGUGCGAUCCGAUCUCCGUCUCCGUCGCAUAUGCCGGUCGAUUAAGGUACACGGUUUUGGUCCGGUUGUUAAUGGCGAUCCAUUCAUUUGGGCUCUGAGUAAAUUGUUCUUCUGGGCCCGUUUUUAUGAAAAUUAGGGUUCUUCAGCUGGAUUUCCCCCGCUGCCCCUUUUAAUCAAUGAAUUUCUUGUUAUAGAUGAAUGAGUACACAACAAUGCAACGGUUGUGUCGCCGAAAAAUCAAGUUUUUGCUGUGUUUAUGUGUUUGUUAAAUUGCCACUACCCUCUUUUCUGGUUUAUGUGUUUGUUAAAUUGCCGCUGUAGAAGAAAUUAGGGUAUUGUUUUUAGUAUUGGGGGUUUCUUAUCUCCAACCCAUCUGAAAUCUUAUGAUAAUUUCGCUCAUUUGCUCUUCCAUAACCAGAUUUUGUAUUGAAAAGCUGUUAAUCUUUAGUCAUCUCCUAUUUCUAAAACUCGCAAGCUUUUUUAUAUAUCAUUGUUUUUCAGGCACAAAGGCUUCUAGGUUCUCUCUGCGCGUGUCCUGUCCUCUUCUCCAAACCCUACUCUCAAAUAUAUGUAUACAUAAUCCACAAUCUUUAUCCAAGAAAAGAAAAAGAUGGAGGUCAAGCUAUGGAACGACAAGCGCGAGAGAGAAAUGUACGAUAAUUUCGCAGAACUCUUCGCCAUCAUAAAGUCCACCGAAAAGCUCAAAAAAUCCUACAUUCGUGACAUCGUCUCUCCAUCCAAAUACGAAUCCGAAUGCCACAAACUAAUCGCCCACUUCAAAACCCCAUCAACCCUCAAAGAAAUCGUCCCUAGCAUCGAGCAUUUUCACGAGACCUACAAAAUCGACUGCCAGGCCGCCCUCAGCCGCCUCGUCACUUCUGGCGUGCCCGCCACCGUCGAGCACCGGGCGGCCGCCGCCCCUUCUCCGGCGAACUCGGCGGCGGCAGUGGCUGAGUGUGUGCAGAACUUCAUAACGGCAAUGGACUCUCUGAAGCUGAACAUGGUGGCCGUAGACCAGGUGCACCCGUUACUCUCUGACCUAUCAGCUUCACUCAAUAAGCUGGCAAUACUUCCACACGAUUUUGAAGGGAAAACGAAGAUGAAGGAGUGGAUCGGGCGGCUUUCGAAAAUCGGGGCAGCUGACGAGUUGACCGAGCAGCAAUCCCGACAGCUGCACUUUGACCUCGAGUCGUCUUACAGCUCGUUUGUGGCGGCAUUUCCAACUGCCGCCUUAACUUCGUGGUGCUUCCUCUAUUUAUCUGCUAGCUCUGAUAAAUGAUAUAUGUGAUGUCUGUAUAAUAUAGACCAUUUUAAUUCAUGUGAUACUUGAAUUGUAUCAUCUAAUUAAUUUCAAUAUUGUAAUGAACCAACGUUGUAGCCCAUCACGGUACGUUGGCUUAUUGUGAUUUAAAUGGACCAACUUUGGCGGUCCUUGAUUAUCUAA